AUGUCUGAUACUUUUCUUUCUACCUCUUCAUUUACAAAUGAGGAUUAUGAUACAUAUAUUAUAGAUCAAACAGAAGAUGAGUCAUAUAUUUCUAAUGAUAUUGAACAAUCUUUAGAAUAUGAAGAUUCUGAAACUCCUAACAAAAGAAAGUCUAGUGGAAAAAUGCAAAGUUUUGUUUGGAAAUUUUUUGAUUUUUAUUAUGCACCAGCAUCUGAUGGAACUUUCACAAUCAAACACGUAAAAUAUUCUCAUCAUGUAACAAAAUUAAGCUUGAAUCAACAAACAGCUGAAGAAAUUAUGAAAAAUACUCAAACAACAAUUAUUGAAUAUUUACAACAACCACAUGGUCAAAAACAACAACAUUAUUUAGCACAAUAUCUUUUAAAACUAAUUUUCGCCUAUACGCUUCCUCUUUCAAUUGUCAACAAUACUGAAUUCAGGAAAUUUUGUCAUGUUCUUGAUUCUAGAUUUCAAGUUCCUGGUGUUGACGCUCUCAAAAUGAUGACUUUUAAUGUGCAUGAUUGGACUGUUAAUCUUAUUAAAAGUAAAAUUACUGAAACUGCAAAAUACGUCGCACUUACUUUGGAUAUUUGGUCAUCUCGUGCUCAUGAUGCUUAUCUUGGUAUUACUUGUCAUUGGAUUACACCAGAAUUUACAUUAUAUGAAGUUGUUCUUGAUAUAAUUGAUUUUCCAGAAGCUCAUACUGCAACAGAAAUCAUCACCAAACUCGAAUUACAAUUUACAAAGUUCAAUUUAACUCAAGAAAAUAUUGUAAGUAUUACUAGUAAUAAUAGAAGUAAUGUAAAAGCAGCCAUAUCACAAUUACAAAUUACAAAUAUUUUUUGUGCUGCUCAUACAUUACAACUCAGUUUACAACCUUCAAUUAAUCAUCUUUGUAGUACUCUUCAAAAUCAUGUUUCAAGUGUUGUUCAACGAGAAGGUAAAAUAUUAAGAAGAAAUCUGCUUUCUGCUAAAGAAUUUAGUACAUGUGCUGAACUUGUUAAUAUUUUGGAUCCAUUUGAUGAUGUUACUGAAAUGUUAAGUGGCUCGAAAUAUCCAACUUUAGGUGUUGUAACACCAGCAAUUAAGGAGCUUGAGCGACGACUUAGUGCAUAUGAAACUGAAAAUGAAAUAAUUCUUGAAAUAAAAAAUACCAUUCUUGAAAAUCUUAAUCAACGGUGGGGUACUCCUUCUGAUCUUGGAUUGUAUGGAUCUUUUUUUGAUCCUCGUUUUAAAAAAUUACUCUUUGUUUCUAAUUAUGUUGAACUUUUAGAACCAGUUCCUCUUUCUAUACUAUCUGUUUCCCAUCCUGCUUCAACAUUAACUGAACCUACUAAUAACAAAAAGUCAAAAAUGCUUUCAUUCUUCCAUUCAUCUGCUGAGGAAAAUGAAAAUGAAUCAAAUGAGUUUGACCGUUAUCUGGAUCAGCCACAAUUACUAGCAACUGAAGAAAAUAAUCCACUUGAUUGGUGA